AUGGAGUCGACUUUUAAUCGCAGGUACAAGUUUAUAAAAACUACCAUGGGUACCGAGCCAUACUGGGUAGACAGUAGAAUACCAGGCUGGAUAAAGGAGGUGUGGUGCAGAAUCAGGUGUGGCAAUAUAGUGAGAGAAGGUAAAAAAGGCUUCAAAGACUGGCAGUGUAGAUUGUGCCAGAACGAAGAUGAAACCCUGGAGCAUAUCUUCAGGUGCAGAAGCCUAAAAGCUGCAGCGAACGAGAAGAUAGUAGAUUUUAUAGAGAGGUGGUGUGGCGGAAGAGUAGAGGCAGACUUCGACUGGCUCCUAAUGCAGACUCUACGAGGUGAUCCAAUAAAAGAAAUUUGUGAAUAUAUCCAAAGAUUUGAGAAUCUAGUCAAGGCAGGGGGCACAGCGAUGGAAGAUGAGCUAGUCCGUUUGCAAUAG